GCAUUCUUCCACUUUUGAUCUGCCAAGACCCCAACAUCUCCUGGAUACUGUGGUGCUGACAUAAAAGCACUUUGUACUGAAGCUGCCUUGAUUGCCCUGCGACGGCGCUAUCCUCAGAUCUAUGUGAGCAGUCAAAAAUUGCAGCUUGAUGUUUCUUCAAUAGUUCUCAGUGCACAAGACUUCUAUCAUGCAAUGCAGAAUAUUGUGCCUGCUUCUCAACGUGCUGUAACAUCAUCAGGGCAUGCUUUAUCUCCCAUCAUAAGGCCAUUGUUGGAAAGAACCUUCAACGAAAUGCUGGGUGUUUUACAUAAAGUAUUUCCUCAUGCUGAAUUCAGCCAGGGUGACAAAAGAGAAGGUGCAUCAAAUUUAAUUUUGGAUGAUAGUGAAGAUGAAAAUGUUUCAUCGAUAUUUGAAACAAGUUGCCAGCCAGGAUCACCAAAGAAACAAUUACCAACUGCUGUACAUAAACCUUACCUUCAUUAUACAAUGUCAGCUUAUCACCAGCCCACAUCUUACAGGCCAAGAUUACUGCUUUCCGGAGAAAGGGAUUCAGGUCAGACUUCACACCUUGCUCCAGCUUUAUUACAUUCUCUUGAAAAAAUUGCUGUACACAGAUUAGAUCUGCCAGCACUAUAUUCGGUCAGUGCAAAAACGCCUGAAGAAUCAUGUGCACAGAUCUUUCGUGAAGCAAGGAGAACCCUACCAAGUAUUGUUUACAUGCCUCAUAUUGGUGAUUGGUGGGAAGCUGUCAGUGAAACUGUGAGAGCAACUUUUCUAACUUUGCUGCAAGAUAUACCAUCAUUCUCACCAAUAUUUCUACUUUCUACCUCUGAAACAAUGUAUAGUGAGUUGCCUGAAGAGGUGAAGUGCAUCUUUAAAAUUCAGUAUGAAGAGGUUUUUUAUAUUCAAAGACCUAGCAAAGAAGACAGGCACAAAUUUUUCCAAGAGCUGGUUCUCAACCAGGCAUCAAUGCCACCUCCAAGGAGAAAACACACAGCUGUUUCCGAUAUGGAGGUGCUUCCUCUUGCAUUGCCACCUCCUAGCCGCCAGUUGUCAGAGGCAGAAAAGCAGAGAAUGGAAGACCAGGAAGAAAAUACAUUGAGAGAGCUGCGGCUGUUUCUCAGAGAUGUUACCAAGAGGCUGGCUACAGACAAGCGCUUUAACAUCUUCAGCAAACCGGUGGAUAUUGAAGAGGUUUCAGAUUAUCUUGAAGUGAUCAAAGUACCAAUGGAUCUUUCUACAAUAAUAAGUAAAAUUGAUAAACACAACUAUUUGAGUGUAAAGGAUUUUCUAAUAGAUAUAGAUCUUAUCUGCAGCAAUGCUUUGGAAUAUAAUCCUGACAAAGAUCCUGGAGAUAAAAUUAUUAGACACAGAGCCUGUACUCUGAAGGAUACGGCACAUGCUAUCAUUGCUGCUGAGCUGGACCCAGAAUUCAACAAAACGUGUGAAGAAAUUAAAGAAGCAAGAAAAAAACGAGGCUUAUCAGUUGUAGCAGAGCAAACAAAUGCUCAUGGUUCCACUGUGCAGAAAACAGAAAACAGAGCUGAAGAGGCGUUCCUGAACCGGCAAAAAAAUGCAAUGACGGUUUGGCACAAUUCUGCAAACAAAUGUGCAUUUAGAUUGAGAAGGAAAUCAAGACGACGUUCACAAUGGGGGAAAGGUAUUAUUAAAAAGAGAAAAGUGAAUAAUUUGAAAAAAGAUGAAGAUGAUGCCAAGUUUGCAGAUGAUGAAAAUCAAGGGGAUGAUAACAAACUCCUAGAAAACGGGGAGCUUGAAGGAAGCAUCGACUGCAUUGAGGAGAACGGAGAGGAAACCGGAGAUCUUUCUCUAACAAACGAUGAGUCAUCAUGUGAUGUCAUGGAUAUACAUGGAGAACAGAGACUUGAUAACGGGACAGUUGGGAAAGAAAAUAGCAUUCCGUCUACAGAAGAGAGCUCUAAUGAAUCCUUGGUAGUAAAUAAUAAUGUUAUGGUCAAUGUAGAAGAGGACUUUAAGGAUGAAUCGGGUUCCCAGAGGGACCAUCUAAAUGGUGAGGCCUCUGAAGGCACACCUCUUCUACCAUGUCAGUAUGACAAAUGUGAACCAUCAAAUGUCAGUCUCAUUGUUGAUAUGGAUACGGCCAAACAAGGGGUAACAAGUGAUGACCACUCUCCCAAAAAAUCAGAGGCUUCAAAUUAUAGUCCAGAAGGAGAACAUGUACUACAACAGUCUUGUAGUGAGAUUUCACAGUGCAGCAAUAACGAAAAGAAAUCAUCAAGCACAGAUAUGGAAACUAAAGAAACCGAGUCAGAUAAAGAAGGUACAUUGAAAAAUAAGAAACUUCGUAAAAUUGCUUUGACACAAGUUCCAGAAGAACAGUUAGACCCUGUACCUCCUGUAGUUGUUGAUCGUGUCAGGCUAAUGAAUUUACUCGAUUUAUUGGUUAAAAAAAGUGACAACUUGACAGUUGACCAGCUGGAGAGGCUCUACUCUCUACUUAAUCAGUGCAUCUAUCGGCAUCGUAAAGAUUAUGACAAAUCGCAACUUGUACAAGAAAUGGAAAGAACAGUUGAUAUGUUUGAAACAUUCCUGUGAACACAUCUCUCCGAGGUGUGAGGGUUUGUCUUUUCAUGGGCUGCUCACAGGAAAGCAGUCUUCUGAGCCAUUCGCUUUCCACUUGCGCCAAGUAAAUGCAGAGCCUUGGUCUUAACAUGCUCGCUCUUGGUCUCACGUUCUGUUAUGAAUUUGGUGCUAUCGUCUCAGGUAACUGAAACCAGCCAGCCUACAAGAACCAAACAGAACUUCAAAAUAUUUGUAUCUUGAUAUAAAUAAAGAAUAUAAUGCCACAACACAGAGAUUUUUGGUGCUACAGAAACUGCUUUCAUUUCUGCUGUCUACAUGUGUUAUCUUAUGAGAAGUUUCAGGCAAAACACGGAGCAGGCUGACAAAACACCCACAAACUGGAUAGAGCAGAUCUGAUUAUUUAAGUGGGCAAUUUCUAAGAUUUUUUUUUGUUUUUGCUUUUAUUUUACUUUUUAUUCCCUGAGGUAAAGGACAGAAGCCUGUUUUUGCAGCUGGGAGUGAAGAAUUGUGGUACAAAGGAAUUGACUUUGGUAUACAAUAAUAUGAAGAUGAGGCUCUUUCGAGCUGCCUUCAAUGUGCCUUUUUAGUCAGUGGUGAUGGUGGAGAAAGAGGAGGAGGAGGAGGAAGUUAUUAAAAAGUUGAGAUUGUAGCCAAUGACAGAGUUAGUUAUUUUUGAAAGCCUGUGGUUCCCAAAGAACAGUUUCAGGUUCCUGCACUGUCAAAUGGCAGCCAGUAUUAUGUUUUUUAACAUUUCUCUGUUGCUCUCCAGAUAAUCCAAAUUAUGAAAAUAAGUUUAAUCUCAUAUUAUCUCAAAAUGCUAAGAUAUAUUCAUUUCUAAAACAACUUUAUACUCCUAAAAAAAGGUCUUACUGGAUAUUUAAGGUGGCUGUAGUUGUGGGUUGUUUUUUUGUUUUUGUUUUUUGUUGAUGUUGCUCCAUUUUAUUUGUUCAAAGUCCUUUAAAACAGGUUUCUUUCUAAACUUCCAUUAGAGUGGAAGCGAAGAUUUGCUGGGUGGUCAUGGGCAGGAAAGGCAAUUCAUCUUCAUAUGAAUUAGACCAAACUGAUUCACUCCAAUUCAUUUUGGGACAGUAUUAAAGAGGAAAUGACCAAGUAGCCUUAAAUGGUUAGUUCUUGAACCUCUUAAUUAGCCCCCGAAAUAUUGCCAUCCUCCAGAGCUCAGUGUUAGUUGAAUGUUUUCAGACACUUUUCCUGUUUUAGGAAUUAAAAGAAGAGAACAUUCCAGGCAGCCAACAAUCUGCUUCACCCAGAUUUGUUUCAGAUCAACAUGUAAAGAUCAUCACGAUCCCGUGGCUUCUCUUGGUCUUAGUGUCAUCUACAAACUAAUGUCCCUUUAUAAUAUAAACUGUAGUUGAGGGAGUAUAGCCCCCACGCCCCCAAAUAUGCAAUUCAUUGUGUUUUGCUUCCAAGAAACAAAAAUGAAACCACCCAAUGUUGGACUACUGCAGAGAUGCUUAGCUACCUCAGCUUUUUUGUAUUUCAGUUACCAACAGUGUUUACGGGAGGUUGUAAUCUGCCCUGCUGCCGUUUACAUGCCGAAGCUUAAGGUACUUGUCACCCUGUGUGCCGGCCGCAGCUGAGAAUCAGGCUCUGGCUGUCGGCUACACCAGUAGUUCCUUCCCAUUUUUUUUUCUUUGCGAGGUAACAUCCGGGCCUGGUCCUUCUAGCUGAGCCUCCCCAGGCCAACUUCGCUCGCUCGCUCUUGGGUUCCUGAGAGGCAUUGAGGGAUGCUAUUCUGAACGUGACUUCUGUAGAAAUGCUGUAUUUUUAGGUGGGAAAGUGCGAUUAAAAAUCAAAACGUUUUAAAUUAGUACUUCAUUUUAGAAACUUGAUUGGGGGAUUUUCUCAUUUUUCUGUUAAUAUUUAUUGCCAUUAUAUCUGCUUAGGCCAUUUCGCUGUCAGUCCAUUAGCGUUUUGUAUUAUGAAGAGGAUUGUUAUAAAACUUUCAGAAAUAAAAUGUAGCAGAUUUUUUGUAGCAAGUUUCUGGUAAAAACAAUUUUUUGCAAGUCUCAGGUUCUUGCAGCAUUUUUUAAGAUAUUGUAGUUCAACGAUUCUUUAGUUCAAGUAGCAGCAGCAAUUGUGAGAAGAAAAACUGCAUACAUUUUUAACAGGUCGUUAAAUUUGUACAAGUUUAAAUCCUUUAAAAUAGUUGUCAAAUAAUUUUCAAAAGAGCAUCUUAAAUUCAAGUCUGGCAUCUUCCAGUUUAUCAGUUGAGGGGAAAAAUAUUUGUAGUUUUGAAUGUUGAUUAAAAAAAAAGUGAGGAACUUCCUCUAAUUGUUAUAGAUUUUUGAGAAGAAUUAGCUUCUAUAAAUGUGUUAGUGGGCAACAUGAAUAAAAUUAUAUAUCCAUCCUUCUGGCUCCAAAACCACACUAACCAUGUAUUCCUUUUCUUUAUUAAUAGCUUAGCAAUUGUAGAGUUAAAUCUGUUAUUCUAUUCAUGUUGUCAGGUCGCUUCUCUUUGUAUUUUUGUUCUUGUUUUGCCACAGAGAAUUGGCAAUAAAUUCAAUUCCUGUAUCUUGUUAUGAAUCACCAAUGAACUCCUGUGCAAGGCCACAUCCUAGGCCAGGCGGAGGUUAAAUUUCUGUGGGGAUAAUGAUGAAACUGCUCUAAGAUAACCAUGGCUGUGGAGUUAAUGUGUUUGCAAGCUUGAAUUUCAGCUGUGAUUAAUUUAUGUUUUGUGUUUUCAGUCUUAUUAUUUGAGUUUUCUCAUAUGCCAAUGUAUUUAUUAUAGGAUAACUGGGUGAUUGGUUUUGUUUUGUUUUCAUUUUGCUAACAAUUUACAUUCCCAUGUUUUCUUUACGUUUUUUUUUCUUUUAGUUUUUGUUAAGUUGGAGGUCAUAUUUGAAUAUGUGCAGCAACUCAUAAUUCUCUCCCUUUUAUAUAAAUUCAACAUUAAGCUUGAAUUGGAGCUUGUACCUGCUUUUUUUCUGUAUUGUACAUUGGUUUACUUCAGAAGUGGGGAUGUCUUUUGGGUUAUUCAUGUGUGUCUGUUUUUUGAUAAAAUAAGAUUUACUUCAUCAGCUAUAAAUCUUGGAUUCUAUAAGUUGUAUUCAGAGGAUUGUGUUAUGCUUUUUUGCAUCUUGACUUUAUUUGCAUUAGUUAAGUAAAUUAUUUAAUUUUUUAAAAUUCUGGAUAUUUUGAACAUAUUACUGUAAUUUGUAAUAUAACUGCUGUGAAAUACUUGAAUAAAGAGGACAA